AUGUCCUUCAGUUCGGACUCACCGGAUGCGAAAAAGCCCUGCAAGGGUAUCCUUAAAUCCUCGAGCAGCUUCGACAAACAUUCGGCGGCAUCAUCGGUACAUAGGAAAAGUGCCAAAUUUGAUGAGCUGAACGUACUACAGACGUACCAUCCGCCGGAUAAAGAUUACGGCCACAUGAAGGUGGACGAACCGAAAACUCCCUUCAACUACGUGGAAGCAGCCGACGUCGAUCAACUGGACGCCGAAGUACUCGCAGAAAGAUUACGCGUUGCAGCAGACGCUCGCAGUGAUGCCGUAUCCGAGGAGGAGCUAGACGAUGACGACGAGGAGGAAGAGGAAGAACUCACGGAGGAGCAGAAAAAGCGUAAGCUAGAAUUCGAACGACGCCGCAAAGCACACUAUAACGAGUUCGAGGCAGUGAAGCUGGCCCGCAAACUUAUCGAAGAGGACGACGAGGAGGAGGAGGAAGAGCAGGCAGACGAUGACCCAAACAAAGUGGACGACGAGCCAAGUUCAAACAAUGUGCCCCCUGCUGCUACGGAAGGGUCAUCCAGCACACCUGCCAGUAAGGGCGAAACGAGAAUGGAGAUCGAGGAGGAGGAAACCGAUCGGAAUGCAAGCAACCGGUCGAAUAAGGUUGGCACCGCCGAAAGCCCGGCCGCCCGAUUAAAACCAGUGUCGAGUGCAAUCAGACUCGAGGAAAGUUCCGACUUUGAAAGCCCACGUAGCUCGGUCAUCGCACUGAUAAUGAUAGUGUCGAUCUGUUUGAUGAUAUUCUUCAUCGUUUGCUUUACGUUACUGUUUUAUCUGCUGAAAAGAAACAUUUAG